CAUUAGAGAUGUAUCAAGGAAAGCUUUUGUGCAAGAUAAUAAAUUUUUUUUGAAAUUUAUUUAUUUUGAGAGAGAGGGAACACGAGCAGGGGAGGGUAGAGAGAGAGAAUUCGAAGCAGGCUCUGCACUGUAGUGCAGAGCCUGACACAAGGCUCAAACCCAUGAACCGUGAGAUCAUGGCCUGUGUGAGCCGAAACCAAGAGUCAGAUGCUUAAUGGACUGAGCCACCCAGCCGUCCCUAAAGUUUGUUUUUAGAAUUUAUUUUAACCAGAUAACCAAAACUGUUCUAAACUGAGCCUAGAGACAUGAGAGUGGUCUUCAUGUGUUUCUUUUUGCAUUCUGUAGUGGUUAUUUGCUGUGGUGGGAUUUCACUUUCAGAACGUCAGGCCUAAGUUGUGGUCCUGUGAUAGAUGCCUUCUACUUUUACUGUGUGUAAUUGUCUCUUACUAGGGUUGUCUUUAGUUCUGAACUUCAGUUGCAUUCAAAACAUUCUUAUAGAAUGUUCUGUAAAAUUACAGGAGUAUUGUGGAAUAUAAUUUUAAACUUUGAGAAGAUACUUUAGGAUCCUAGAGUGCCUUCAUUGUCAUUAAGAACACCCAUUAUUAUUUUACAUAAGAAGUUCUGGUGAAUAGUUUGGGUUUUUAGAAUGCCAGAAAUCCUUUUGUUGCAAUAGCAAUACUUCUUCAAACCCUUUUGUCCUUGUUAUUAGUACUGUUAGCUAUUAGCCAACCUGCUACAGCAAAUUAUCUGACUUAUGUUUUGUUUCCCCCACAAUAGCGUACCUUAAGGCAAUGAUGAAGAACAGUGAGGAGAGAACUAGCUCUGACACGUCAAAACCUAUUAUGGAAGGCUAUAAGCAUUUAAAACUUGACGUAACUGGUGUAAGAAUAGGCAGAUACAUGGUUUAGAAUUGCUCUGAAAUAAAUUCUCUGUAUAUAAAUUUGGUAUGUAAAUUAGAUAUCAUUUGUAUAUAUAUAUAUGUACUUACUAUAAAUUACUGCGUUAAUAUUUAUAAAUCACUUAGAACAGCCUAGCACUUAAGCACUGCUUUAAAUAUUCUAAGUUGUAAAGAACCACAGAUAAGUGGGGGAGAGGGUAGGAUUAUUCAGUAUAAUUUGUUGCAACAAAUUGAAUGACUGGAAAAAAGCUUAUCCAUCAAAAUCAUAAGAAAUAAAACACUCAGAUCCCAAUAGAUUAAAGGGCAGAUUUCAGAAACCAUUUAUUUCAGGAAAUAGACCUGAGUCACAAACAUGUAAAUAUGUUCACCUUCACUAUUAGAGAAAUGUAUAAGGAAGCAGGAUAAAUUUUGUGCAAAAUUUAUUUAAUUUCAAAAAAUUAUUAUGUGAAUAUACCUAAUACAUAAACAGAUGGAUGAGAAUAGCCAACCCUUUCAUUGAUGGAGCAAGAGUGUAAGGUGGUAUACUGGCUUUGGAAAAUGGCAUUAUGAAAUACAUGAGGAGACUUUAAUAUGCUUAUAACGUUUGGCUCAGUAAUUCUUCUGAGAGUAUAUUCUAAGGCCAUAAGCCUAACUGGCCUUCCAUUAUAAGUUAAUAUUAAAAAUAAUCUUAAUCAUGUUGUUUUGUUUGAAAGCAAAGCACUGUAUAAGAAUAGAAACUUAGGUAUAAAUUAUACCAUCUAUAAGGUGACCUAAAACUGAACCUGGGUGGUUCAGUUGGUUAAGCAGUUGACUCUUCAUUUCGUCUCAGGUCAUGACCUCACGGUUUUGUGAGAUCAAGCCCCAUGUGCUCUGCACUGAUAGUAGAGCCUGCUUGGGAUUCUCUCUUUCCUGGCUCUCUGCCUCUCCCCCUGUGCGCACACUCGAUCGCACGCGCUCUCUCUCAAAAUAAAUUAAACAUUAAAUAACAAUUCAAAAGAUAACAAUGGAUAAUUUAUAAUAAUAUAGGAAAAUUUUUGGUAAAUGUGAAAGGGUAGAAUGUAAAAUGAAAAGUAGGGGACAAUCAAACAGAAAAGUACAGGAAAAAACAUGAUAGAAGCAAAUACAUUACAGUGGUUUUUUGGGGCAUAGAACUAUGUAUGAAUGAUGUAUUUUAUUCUAUUUUCAGAUUUUUUGUUCUAGGCAUGUUUUAUAGUAGAGCGUAAUCUUUAAGUAAUUCUGAGUUUUAAUAUUUAUCUUAGGAAGUAUGAAGUUACUAAGUUGUUUGCUUAGUAAUUUUUGCUAAAUUUUUUUGUUUGUUUGUUUUGCUUUUUUGUUUGUUUUUAGGCUGAACAUCAGUAUAGAUCUACUGGUAUAGGUUGUAGAAGUAGGGAAGACAAAUUACUUACAUAAAUAUUUCCAAAUACACUCUGUGGUGGAUUGUAUUUUUGUUCACAAAAAUCUGCUUCCCCUCCCUGGGGAAGGAUUUUACUUCCUUACUUAUUGAGGUCAGAUUUGGCCAUGUUCACAAAAUGUAAGUGAAAUGGUAUAUACCAUUUUAGGGAUAAAGCUUUAAAAGUCAGGUCGUGCUUCAUUAUACCCUCUUUUUCUUUUGCCACAAUGACUGGCAGUGUUCUAGAUUGAGGUUGCUCCAUCGGUCUGGAUGUCAAUAAAGAUACCAUGGAGCCACAGCUCCAUGGACAUGAUGGCAGAGGAUGGAAAUGUUUCAUGGGUGAAAAAUAAACCUUUGUUUUAAGUCACUGCAAUUUUGGGGUCAUAUGUUACUGCAGCAUAACCUACCCUAUCCUCUCUGAGUAGUAUCUGAAAUAGUGGAUAAUGGAAGUAUUUAGAACAAAUACUGUACUUUGUUUUCAUAAAGUAGUAGUCUUUGGCUGUAUUUUAGAUCAAGGGUUAGCAAACUUUUUCUGUGAAGGACCAGAGCUUUGUGGGCCAUGUACUCUCUGUUGCAUCUGUUCAGCUCUGCUAUUAUAGCCCUCAGAGCAGCCAUAGACAGUAUGUAAAUGAAUGAGAGUAGUAUUCCAUAAAACUUUAUUUACAAAAACAGGUGGGCCAGAUUUGGCCCAAGGGCUUAGUUUGCUGACCCUUGUUUUAGAUCACAGACUCAGAAUCUUGGGAUUAGGAGGGAAUUUAAGUCUUCAAGUUAACCAUUUUCUGUGUGUGAAUUACGUCUUCAGUAUUGCUGAGUUAGAGACAGGCCACCACUCAGCCUCUUGCAGUGACUCCAGUGAUGGUAUACUGUCUUGGGGUGCAAGCCAGUUCAUUUUGGAGCAGGUAUGAUUGUUUUAGUGAGUUAAAAUGUGCAUGCAUUCCUAUAGCUUCCAUCCAGUGGUCCUAGUUCUUUCUCGAAGACUCCACAGAGCAUAAAUUCAAACCCUGCCAUGUCCUCUCAGUGUGGUCUUUAAGCUAAUUCAUCCUGUGGCUCUCAAACUAGAUUAUUCCUAGUUCUUUGAAAAGUGUGCUUUCAACUCUAUGGCCACAGCUCUCCCCCAUUCCUUAACAGCUUUGCUCACCAAUUUUCCUCAGCUUAUCUGAAUGUAAAAUCCUAUGUAGUUUUCUGGGUUCAACUCAGUCAAAUGUUUGUCAGCUCUCUGUUCCCACAGAAAUUUUUAUCUGAUAGAGUAUCUUGUGUUAAAAAAAAAAAAAAGCAUUUGUGAAAUCCUUACUAAAUUCUAAGUGAGAUGCUUGAAAUGAGGGGGCACAUGGGUGGCUAGGUCGGUUAAGCAUCCGACUUCAGCUGAGGUCAUGAUCUUGUAGUUCGUGGGUUCGAGCCCUGCAUUGGGCUCUGUGUGGACUGUUUUCCUUUCUCUCUGCCUCUCUUCCACUUGCAUUCUGUUUCUUUCUCUCUCUCACCUUCAAAAAUAAACAUUAAAAAAAAGAAGAAAAGAAAAUAUGGGUACUGAGGAUACUAUCACUCAUUAAAUAAGGUUCCUGUCUCCAGAUAUAAUAAGUGCUGUUGCAUGCCUGAUUAAAACUGCUAGUUGUUUUAAAUAGGUUAUUAACUUCAGUUCCAAAACACUUGAAAGGUUUUACAGUCUUAAAAUUGUAUGUAUUUUUAAGUACACUAAAAACACAAAACAAAUAUUCAAAUAUACUACUUACUAGAAAUGUUUUGUACCUUUUGUUGUUAGGUUAUGUACUUUUUACAUAGACCUUGGAAUAUAACUUCUUUUAAAUAGUUGAAAAUAUUAAUAGUUCUAAUGUGUGUGAAUCAGGAUUUUCUCACUACUAUGCUGGAAUGCAAAAUAGUAAGUAUAUGUAAGUGUAUGUAAGUAUACUAUGCUGGAAUGCACAAAGUAGUAAGUAUAAGUAAGUAUAUAGAUUGAACUUUAAAAAUAAAGUCUUAUAUUACUCUUAUUUGUUUGGUAUUUGGGUUUUGUUUUUUUUGUUUUUUUGUAAGGGUUCGUUUGAAAUAGGGUUUUGCUCUUUAAAAAAUUGGGGGGCACCUGGGUUUUUUCAGUUAAGCAUCUGACUCUUGGUUUCAGUUCAGGUCAUGAUCUCACAAUUUGUGAGAUCAAGGCCCUCAUGGGGCUCUGCGCUGUCACAUGGAUUCUCUCUUCCUCCCUCCUUUGCUUUCUUUCUUGUUUGCUGGAGAUAAUGGUUAGUACAUACAGUUAUACAAUAGCUUUGUAAGGAAUCAAAUGUCAACUAGUCUAGCCUCUCAUUUUGUAAUGAGGACACUGAAGCUAAAUGGGAUGAGUCAGUUGCCCAAUAUGUCAUGACUUUUAAGUGUCACACUGCAGCUGGAAACCAGGCCUUUCUAUCCAGUGUAGCAGCAUGUUAAGGCUGAUUAACUAUGAGUUUUUGGAGACAGAAACCUGGACUUGAAUUGUAGCUAUUCCAUUAGCUGUGUGUGACUUUGGAAAGUUACCUUAAUCUCUCUGAUCUUUUUUUUUUUUUUAAUUUUUUAAUGUUUAUAUAUUUUUGAGAGAGAGAGAGCACAUGAGCUCUCUAUGAGAGGCAGAGUGAGGGAGACACAGAAUCUGAAGCAGGCUCCAGGCUCUGAGCUGUCAGCACAGAGCCAGACAGGGGGCUCAAACUCACCAACUGUGAGAACCUGACCUGAGCCAAAGUCGGACGCUUAACCCAGUGAGCCACCCAGGUGCCCCUCUCUUAUCUUUUGUUUUUCUAUAAACCUGCCUAAAGUUGAUGCUAUUUAUAAGAAACUUCAGGUGCAUUGAUGAACAAUAAUUUGCUUGCUGAAAAAUUCAGUAUAUCUUCAGGGAAAUAAUUUGUUUGGCAUAUGUACCUUUAUAAAAAAAUUUUUGGGUUCCUGUGUGAAUCAGUCAGUAGCGCGUACAUCUCUUGAUGUGGGCUCAGAUUAUGAUCUCAUGGUUCAUGGGAUCGAGCCCCACAUAGGAUCUGUGCUGACAACACGGAACUUGUUUACAAUUCCUUCUUUCUCUCUCUCUCUCUCUCUCUCUGCCCCUUUCCUGCUUGCACAUGCACUCAAAUAAAUACGUAAUUAAUUAAAUCAUUUGUUAGAACCAGUGCUUUUUUUUUUCCCCCUUCCUUUGGUAAAGUCAUUUUUGGGAGCUGCUGAGCCUCAGAGACAUGCUCUUUUAUUAGUGGAUCUUCACCCAAGAUAUCAUUGAUCCUUCUGCUGAGGAAUUGCGAAAGCUAAUGAUGUUGCAUGGAGGUCAAUACCAUGUGUAUUAUUCCAGAUCCAAAACAACACACAUUAUUGCCACAAAUCUUCCAAAUGCCAAAAUUAAAGAAUUAAAGGGAGAAAAAGUAAUUCGGCCAGAAUGGAUUGUGGAAAGCAUCAAAGCUGGACGACUCCUGUCCUACAUUCCCUAUCAGCUGUACAGCAAGCAGUCCAACAUGCAGAAGGGUCUCAACUUUAAUCCUGUGUGCAAACCUGAGGAUCCUGUGCCGGGUCCAAGCAGUGUAUCCAAACAGCUGAACAACAGGGUAAAUCACAUAAUUAAGAAGAUUGAGACAGAAAAUGAAGUCAAAGUCAAUGGAAUGAACAGUUGGAAUGAAGAAGAUGCCAAUAAUGAUUUUAGUUUUGCGGAGCUGGAGCACAUCCUUCCAGGAAGGAAACAAAACGGAAUUCCGCAUCACAGAGACAGCACUGCCAUUUUUAAUGGACAUACUCCUAGCUCUAAUGGUGCCUUACAGAUGCAGGAUUGCUUGGUGCCCAUGGGCAACAGUGUUGCCAGCAGGCUUUCUCCAGACUUUGCCCAGGAGGAGGAGCAGGCUGAGAAGAGCAGCACUGACUUCAGAGACUGCAUUUUGCAUCAGUUGCAACAGAGCACUAGAAACACAGAUGCUGUGCGGAAUCCACACAGAACUCAUUCCUUCUCCUUAUCAUCUUUGCACAGUAACACUAAGAUAAAUGGUGCUCACCACUCCGCUGUUCAGGGGCCUUCAAGCACAAAAAGCACUUCAGUACCUGCUCUUAGCAAGGCAGCACCUUCAGUGCCAUCCAAACCUUCAGAUUGCAAUUUUAUUUCAGACUUCUACUCCCACUCAAGACUGCAUCACAUAUCAAUGUGGAAGUGUGAAUUGACUGAGUUUGUCAAUACCCUACAAAGACAAAGUAGUGGUAUCUUUCCAGGAAGGGAAAAGUUAAAAAAAAUGAAAACAGGCAGGUCUGCACUUGUUGUAACUGACACAGGAAAUAUGUCAGUAUUGAGUUCACCCAGGCAUCAGAGCUGUAUAAUGCAUGUUGAUAUGGAUUGCUUCUUUGUAUCAGUGGGUAUACGAAAUAGACCAGAUCUCAAAGGAAAACCAGUGGCUGUUACAAGUAACAGAGGCACAGGAAGGGCACCUUUACGUCCUGGCGCUAACCCCCAGUUGGAGUGGCAGUAUUACCAGAAUAAAAUCCUGAAAGGCAAAGCAGCAAAGAUACCAGAUUCAUCAAUGUGGGAGAAUCAAGAUUCUGCACAAGCAAAUGGGAUUGAUUCUGUUUUGUCAAAGGCUGAAAUUGCCUCUUGUAGUUACGAAGCCAGACAAGUUGGCAUUAAGAAUGGAAUGUUUUUUGGGCAAGCUAAACAACUUUGUCCUAAUCUUCAAGCUGUUCCCUAUGAUUUUCAUGCAUAUAAGGAAGUUGCACGAACAAUGUAUGAAACAUUGGCAAGCUACACACAUAACAUCGAAGCUGUGAGUUGUGAUGAAGCACUGGUAGACAUCACUGAGAUCCUUGCAGAGACCAGACUUACUCCUGAUGAAUUUGCAAAUGCUGUCCGCAUGGAAAUCAAAGACCAGACCAAAUGUGCUGCCUCUGUUGGAAUUGGUUCUAAUAUUCUUCUUGCUAGAAUGGCAACUAGAAAAGCAAAACCAGAUGGGCAGUACCACCUAAAACCAGAAGAAGUAGAUGAUUUUAUCAGAGGUCAGCUAGUUAGUAAUCUACCAGGAGUUGGACGUUCAAUGGAAUCCAAGUUGACAUCUUUGGGAAUUAAAACUUGUGGAGACUUGCAGUAUAUGACAAUGGCAAAACUCCAAAAAGAAUUUGGUCCCAAAACAGGUCAGAUGCUUUAUAGGUUCUGCCGUGGUUUGGAUGAUAGACCAGUUCGAACUGAAAAGGAAAGAAAAUCUAUUUCAGCUGAGAUCAACUAUGGAAUAAGGUUUACCCAGCCAAAAGAAGCAGAAGCUUUUCUUCUGAAUCUCUCAGAAGAAAUUCAGCGACGACUUGAAGCUGCUGGCAUGAAGGGUAAACGCCUGAUGCUCAAAAUCAUGAUACGAAAGCCUGGGGCCCCUGUAGAAACUGCAAAAUUUGGAGGCCAUGGAAUUUGUGAUAAUAUCACUAGGACUGUAACUCUUGACCAGGCAACAGAUAGUGCAAAGAUAAUUGGAAAAGCUACACUAAACAUGUUUCAUACAAUGAAACUAAAUAUAUCGGAUAUGAGAGGCGUUGGGAUUCACGUGAAUCAGUUGGUUCCGACCAACCCAGACCCUUCUUCAUGCCCCACUCGUCCAUCAGUUCUUCCUGGCGGGUCACACUCUGUCCUGGAUCUCUUCCAGGUUCAGAAAGCGAAGAAAUCCACAGAAGAGGAGCACAAAGAAGUAUUUCUGGCUGCUAUGGAUCUGGAAAUAUCAUCUGCCUCUAGAAAUUGCACUUUCUUGCCAUCUUUUUCAACACAUCUGACAUCAAGUGUCAAUCCUGUUACUAGCAAAGCUGAGUCUUCAGGGAAAUGGAAUGGUCUACAUUCUCCCAUCAGUUUAAAAUCAAGACUUAACCUGAGUAUUGAGGUUCCAUCACCUUCCCAGCUUGAUCAGUCUGUUUUAGAAGCACUUCCACCUGAUAUCCGGGAACAAGUUGAGCAAGUUUGUGCUGUUCAGCAAGGAGAGCUGCAUGGUGACAAAAAGAAAGAGCCAGUAAAUGGCUGUAAUACAGGAAUUUUGCCACAACCAGUUGGGACAGUUUUGUUACAAAUACCAGAACCUCAAGAAUCUAACAGUGAUGCAGGAAUCAAUGUCAUAGCCCUGCCAGCAUUUUCACAGGUGGACCCUGAGGUGUUUGCUGCCCUUCCUGCUGAGCUUCAGAAGGAGCUGAAGGCAGCAUAUGAUCAAAGACAAAGGCAGGGAGAGAAUGCCGUUCACCAGCAGUCAGCUGCUGCAUCUGUGCCAAAGAAUCCGUUACAUCAACUAAAACCAGCAGCAAUGAAAGAAAAGAAACGGAACAAGAAAAAAAAUCCCGUCAGUUCCCCCAAAAAAAUUCAGAGCCCUUUGAAAAACAAGUUGCUUAAUAGCCCUGUGAAAACUCUUCCAGGGGCUUGUGGGAGUCCCCAGAAGUUAAUCGAUGGGUUUCUGAAACAUGAAGGUCUUGCUUCUGAGAAACCUCUGGGAGAACUCUCUGCUUCCACUUCAGGUGUGCCAGGCCCUUCUGGUUUGCAGCCUGAGCUGUCUGGCCACGUGAGACCCCCAGCACCCAACCUAGCGGGAGCUGUUGAAUUCAGUGACGUGAAGACCUUGCUCAAAGAGUGGAUAACUACUAUUUCAGAUCCAAUGGAGGAAGACAUUCUGCAAGUUGUGAAAUACUGUACUGACCUAAUAGAGGAAAAAGAUUUGGAAAAACUGGAUCUAGUAAUAAAGUACAUGAAAAGGUUGAUGCAGCAGUCGGUGGAAUCGGUUUGGAAUAUGGCAUUUGACUUUAUUCUUGACAAUGUUCAGGUGGUUUUACAACAGACUUAUGGAAGCACAUUAAAAGUUACAUAAAUAUUACCAGGGAGCCUGGUGCUCUCCACUAGCUGUGCCAUAAGUGCUUGUGAGGUAUUUGCAAAGUGCAUGAUAGUAAUGCUCUGAGUUUUUAUAAUUUUAAAUUUCUUUUUAAGCAAGUGUUUUGUACAUUUCUUUUCAAUAAGUGCCAAAUUUGUCAGUAUUGCAUGUAAAUAAUUGUGUUCUUUUACUGUAGCAUAGAUUCUAUUUACAAAAUGUUUGUUUAUAAAGUUUUAUGGAUUUUUACAGUGAAGUGUUUACAGUUGUUUAAUAAAGAACUGUAUGUAUAUUUUG